GACGGUCGCCAGUCGCCAAUCGCCAAUCGCCAUUCUCGUUGCUUCGUCAGUCGUUCUCCGUCAUUCUUCAGUCGCGCGUCGCACGAAACAUACCACGUUAAACGCUGGGGGAGAAAAUGUUUUGCGCGUCCUAGUGUAUUGAGAUUUAUAAAUUAUAGUGUCAGUGCUAGUGUUACUACUAUUAGAGUAUUCUUUUUCAACCAAAGUAAACAGCUUAGAGGAUGAUGGCUCCCGAGACGGUGGUUACAGUAGAUCAUAACAAACCAGCACAGCAGCAGGCGCCGCCGCAGCAGCAAGGACGUGCGCUGGAUUGGAUUAAAAUCAAUGUAGAAUAUUUCAAAACGCCGCCCGGUUUACUGAAGAUCAUCGAAUUGUUUCUGGGUAUUUUGUGUAUGGCGUUGGGCACACCGUGGGCAUCCGCUUGGUAUGUCUUUGUAGCAGUGACGUCCUUCAUCACCACCCUCAUUUGGAGUUUUGUCUAUUUCCUGAGCAUCAGAGAAGCCCUGAAAAUACCCAUCAAUUGGGUACUAUCUGAAUUAAUCAGCACCUGUUUGGAAACGUUCUUCUAUCUUAUUGCCUUCAUAGUGAUGUUUACUUCAGUUUAUGGCAAUUUCGGACGAAACAUCGCAGCCGCUGUGUUCGGUAUAUUCAACACGCUCGCAUACGGCGCCAGUUCGUACCUCCUGUACCAGGAACACAGAAGCAGCGCGCCGGCGGGAACGGCGUGAGUAUGGCGCCGGAGCACCUCUCGAACAAUAUUUGUUGUUUUUAAUAUUAUUUCAUAGAUAAACUUUAUAUUCAUUUUGUACAGUCUAAUAAUGAUAAAAUUAUAUUCGAAUUUUUAUUAUUGAAUCGACAAAAUUAUUAUAAUAUAAUAUAUAAAGUGUAAGGCAUUUCAUAUUUAACAGAAUUUAAUAUUAACGGCCAUAUUGGAUUUUCGGAGUGGGUGGUACCUGUUCAUGUGGGAUUAUUUUCUGACUUAUUUAUUUUUUAUUUUGUGACCGUUUACAGUGUGACUGAGAUUUAUAUUCAUUGCGUUAUAUGGGUUAUGUUUGUGGGCUGAUAUUUUUGAUGUUUAUAUAUCAUUUCUAAUAUACUGAAUGUUUCUCAUCGGUUCUGUCUGAGUGUAUUAAUAUAAGCACAUGGCACAUUUUUCAUAUUCGAACAUUUAUAUCGUUAUUGUCAAUUAACUAGUCUGAUAUCGUGUUAAACUAUGUAACUUUAAAAAAAUUACUAAAUAAAGAACAAAUUACACUAAAAUGUCACUGGUUGUGAAGUUUUUUAUUUCGCUCGAUGUUUUUUUGACGUGUUCCACGUUCAAACGACACAAUAUAUACUUAUAUAAUUUUGUUAACGGUGCAAAUUAGAAUUAUUACAUGUACCUUUUUUAUAAUAGUAAUGACCAUUGUUGGUAACAGUGUGUCAGUUGUUGUUAAGAUACAGAUUAUAUAAGGUUAUUCUUAAAUAAGUACCUACCUUUAUUAUGUAACAGUAUGAGGGAUAUUACAUUAUGUACACAAUAGUUUAAUUCAACUAAUAUGUAAAGAGUUAAUAAAACACGUUAACACUU